GCGCCCGAGCCGCGCCACAGUCCACCGCGCACGCCACCACGGCGCACGCCUCUCGCAUUUCGCGCCAUUUUUACUUUCAAACUAACGCAUUCCGGAUUUGAAAACAAAUUUUAGGAAUGUGAUAUGUGACCUACGUUCGUUCCAAGUGCCAUAAAUUAGUGAUGGAAUAAAAAAGUAUUUUUUAAAAAAUGGGUGUUUAUUUGAAAUUAUUGUUUUUUGUGACCGUUCUUGUGCCGUGUGUUUUUGGUCAAGAGACGGCUUGUUAUGGUGCUGGGAGUGUUGCUGGUGCGGCUAUCGGUGCUUUCUUGGCUGCACUGUUAUUGGUGGCAGCCGCAUAUUAUUUGAGGAAACUUUAUUGGAAAUCGCGCAAAGGAAAGCACUUGGUGUUCUCAACAGACCCGGAGUCAGUGAAGGACGAGUUCGCGUUCGACAACCCAGGGUUCAGGCAGGAGGAGCGACACGCGUGGCAGCAUGAGGCGCCCACACUGCCGCUGGGGGGCAAGACCCCCGCGCUACAUGCCGAGUUCACGAAACCUGAACAGAGCAAGGACGACUCGCAUUUGCAGCGUGCAAGAAUCCGUCACGUAAAGCUAUGGGCGCGAGACUUCACCGGGUUAGGACUGCGGUGUGGAGGCGGCGCGCGAGAGGGCGUGCACAUCCACUCAGUGUUGAGGAGCGGGCCUGCUGCUGCUGCCAGAUUACAACCAGGUGACAGAAUAAAGAGCAUCAAGAUAGAAUUCGUCGGCACCCCGCUGGAGGACGCCGUUAGCAUCCUAUCCCUCGCGUCUCCGUAUCCUGUGGAGUUGGAGGUGAUUGAGGGAGGACGGGCGAGCGGCGCGGGGCGCGGCGUCCAACAUCCGCUGCUGAAGAGGGCUGGGUCUACAGGAGAUGUUAGCACACUCGAAAAAGAAGGGAAACUGCUCCAUCCACCGAAAUCGCCAAACACCUCAAAUUCAAACAAUUCGACAUUAGAAACAAAACAUGGCAAGGGCGGAAUUAAGAAAAUCAUAUCGGAUAAGAUAAUAACCUCUACGCUCGAAAGAAACAAGAAAGAGAAGAAAGAUGGGCUUCCGACGACGUUAGAAAGAGAAAACGAGAAGAAUAGUAAGCUAGUUAAAACAAGACAUUCCGACAUUCCAGCGAAUUUGAAUAAACCCGAGAGGAACAAAAACAGACAUUCCACAGGAAGCGAUAUACAAAUUAUACAACCAGAAAAUGGGGUUACUGCUAUAGAACAUGCAGAAACACAGAAGAAAGAUUACGAUCCAAAACGCGCUAUGAAAUUUGGAAUAAGAGUUCUCCCACCAAACGUACCUGAUGAUGGAGUCUUACGGCAGAAGAGCGUUGAGAAUGGCUCUGUAGCUGUCGAGAAGAAAUCUGUAGACGAAAUCGAUAAGCCUGAACCGCAAAGGCCUGCGCCCACGACACAAAUAAAGCAUGAAAACGAAACAGAAGUCAAAAAGCCAGUCGUCGCUAAGAGACGAGAGAAAAUGGCUCCACCUAUUCCAAAUGCUAGAGUUAAAACGAGUGAGGUAGAAGUCACUUCAGUUAAUACUAGUUUGGAUACAUCAAAAACAUCAGAAGUAUCGCAAACUAGCUUUACAAGAAACGACCUUAACUCAAGUGGAAUAAAGAGAGACGAAAAUGGUAUCCCUCAAGAAUUACCUCAGCAUAUGAUGGACGCAGCCAAAGCCGCACGAAGUAACAGAAAGAGUUCUACAGAUAUUGUGGAAAAAGAAAAAGUUGAAGUUAAGAAAGAAGAAGGUCCUAAGCCAGCAAAGAAAUCGAAAGGUAAAGCGCCUUCGCCACCAGAUCAAGAAAAGAAUAAAACCGAUGACAGCAUAUUGGAACAAUUAAAGAACGUGAAUGACUUCUUAAGUAGUGAGAAACAACAUUCCAGUGUGUUGCACGACUCAUCGUACUCUUCAAACAAAUCUGUCGUUACGCAAAUAAACACAUCAACUCCGAAAGUGAAUAAAAUAAAGAGUUCCAGCUCUUCCCGGAUUGAGGAAUCAAUAAAUUUUAGCCAAGAUGACAUCGAUGAUAUUGUUUCAAGACCUUUUAAGAGGGAAAGCGAUUCCCUCAAUAAUUUCUUUGAAGAUUCCAAAUCUAAUUUGUCUUCUAACCAAGAUGGACAUUCAGUUGUGUCGUUAAAUCAAAGCGACAGGAGUGAAAAAGGAUCUACUACUAUUGAAUUGAACAAUAGUGACAUCACCAUUCAUAGCUCUCCUUUAAAUGAAACGGUUCACUCUGCCUCUGAUGAUGCGUCGGUCUUAGAUGACAAUGAAAGAAAGGCAGCUUCUCUAGGAGAUCUGUCAAGAUUUGAACUAAGAGCCCGCACACAUAAACCUUCUACUGGCACUUUGGAAAGAGCUCAAAGCUUAGACAUAUCUGCCGACGACACCGAAAUAAAUGAAAGUGCCAUAUCGCCUAAAAAACGUAAGGCAAUGUCAGUUGUUGAAUCAACGUUCUUUGAAUCAGGCACUGAGGACAUUUUACCUGAUAUGAUAGACUCUGAUAAAGGUGUCGUGAUCAAACACAAAGAACCUAGAUUAAGUUUGAAUAUAGCAAAAACCUCAGCUAUGGAAGGUUUGAAUACAUUCCAAAGAAAUCGACUAAAGAAAGCCUCUGAAUUUGGCAAUUUAGAAGAUGCCAUCGUUAAAGGAUCUAGUAGUUCAGUAGAUUCUGAGAAAAUCGAUGAGCCCGACAGUAAACACGGUAAAGAGUUUGAAAUGUAUAAAGACAGUGACGAUCAUGAAACGUCUGAUCAUUUAGCGAAGAGAAUAAUGGACGAAAACAUGAAGGUACACUUUAAACUCGUGUCGGACUUCGCUAAAUCUACCUCCGAUGGUAGCAAUAUGAGUUCUCUAGAUAGUACCCAAGAAAGCCAACCGACACCAACUAAAACCGAAUCACCUGUCAAAUACGAAGAGAAGUUAUCUUUAAGUUACGAUACAAACAUACCAGACGAUCUGAAAAUGUCUCGCAAUUCUUACGUUAAUAGUUUAGAAAGACCCAAAUCAGAUAUGAUGAAGAAAUUGUUAGCAAAGAACCCCAUACUGAAUGUCCACAUUGAUCAAACUUCGCAUAGAACAGAAGCAACUACUAGCAAAGAAACACCGACACCAAUGACAGAUUCCUUGAAAUCAGCGAUGCAUCAACCAGACAUUGUAAACUUUAAUUUAAAACAAACAGAAAAAUCAAGAGAUUACGAUGAUUUCGUCAGUAAUAUAAGAGUUGGAUCAAAUACUAACAGCCUUAAAUCCAAUAAGAAAUCAUUAGAAACUGUAACAACAGAGUGGUCUGAACCUAAAGAGAGUCAAAGCACGCAUGUUGUUACAAUAACGAAUACUGAGAAAGGCCAACCUGUUGAGGAACAGAAAAGAAAGACGUACACAAAGUCUAUUGAAAUUGGCGAGCCAACAUUGCGGGUCAUGCCACCUGACGUAUUAGAAGGAAUAAGAAGACGUCACGAUGAGCGGGAGAAUAGAACAUUGUAUAUGGAACCAGGCAAUGUCUCUUUAACAAUGACCCAAGAACCUGUACAGAAAACCGUAACGGUAAAUGUUGCAGAAGAUGAAUAUGGAAACAAAGUGAUUACGCAAAACGUUGAGAAGAUAUCAACAAAAUACGUCACAGCCAGAACCGAAGCACCGUUACAGGUAGAACAAAUAAGCUUCGGUAUUUUGAGAAGUCCUGGAGAGAUAGACGAAAUGAAAUUAGAAGAAGGCGAUGUCAAAGAGAUAGAUAAAAGAUUUUUGGACGAAAUUAAACGGCAAAAUCCUAACAUGCACUUCACUACCGACGAACCAUCAUUCACGAGAACAGAAACUAUUCUUCUAAACACUACGGAAAUGGACGAGUCACAGGCGAAGGCUCUAAUGGAGAAACUCAAAAACGAUCCCAAUUUCAUGUCACAAAAAACACCAGAAGAACUAUCGCAACUAGGCAUAAGAAUCAUUCACGAUCUUGAAGACGUCGAGACAGCCAGUAAGGAUGCAGUGGAGCUAACAAAAACGAGAUAUUCAAUAAACCCAACAACGAUAACAGAUGUUCAAAAGCAAUGUCAAAUAGAGAGUUCAGUACAAGAAGCACCAAAGGACCACGUGACAGAAAUACAGGUAGUGACUCCCCGCACUGAGAAAACAAAACAGAAAUCCGAUUUGAGUAAAGAUAAAGUGUCAAGUCGACAGAGAGCACCUUACGAAGAGCCGCCACUAUCUUACGAACUAGACAUCGAACUACUAAAUGAUUUCAUCUCAAACGAGCGAUAUCAUUCCGCCAAACAGCAGUUAGAUGUUAUGAAACGAACGAAAACGAGUCAAAGCUCAAACGAACCAAAGAAACGUCACUCAGACUUUGAUCUUCCAAGGAACAGUCACAUCAAGUUUAGGACGGCGACGUACGAAUCUCCAAAGGGAACAAUAGUCACAAGCACAGACCUCGAGAACCGUAGGCUUUCGCAACUCGAUCAGAUGCAGUUAAGGUCAGCUGAUCAGUCGGCGGGCCAAAAACCGGUGAUAUCCGCAAAACCGAGCAACAUACCGGUUAAAGCAGAAAAACAAAAAACCGUGGUCAACUACGGUUUCGGAGUGUCAUCCAAAAUACCAAUAUCAACAUCACAAAAGUCGCUAAGUCAAGAGAACUUAACGGAUGUGAAGUUCUCACUACCUCGCUCCCCUCCGCCUCAGUUUAGUAGUUCGGGAAAUAUUUCCAUCACUUCCAUUAAGAGUAGUUCUAGGAGCCCUAGCGGUGGUAAAUUGUAACCUCUUUUGACCAAGAAAAUAUUCAGCCAGUAUGUCGGUUUAUUCGAUAUUAGAGCUUCCAGUAGUCGUAAAAAUAUUUUAUCAACAUAUCGAUACAAUCGAUUGUUCAAAUCGAUUUGUCAAAUAUUUUAUUAAUUUACAAAAUGUAAAAAUACAUUGUAAGCAAUAUUACGGAUAUUGUGUAAUAUCUAUGGGUAUAUUAAGUGUAGACGUAUAGUUAUUCUAAAUGCAUUAAGUGCCAGAAAUAAAAUUAAAAAUUAUAUAGAAUAUAAAUUGUUAUCGUCUACUUAAUAUUCAUGUGUAAAAGUGCCUUUCUAAUUAUAAUGAAUAAAAAAUUAAACAUUUCAUAUAAUUAUAUCUGAUAUAAGAGUUAUUUUCGGGUUGUGAAAGUUGAAUUAGUCUAUUGCAAUAUCUGUCACAAUUAUUUACAACGGAAAUGAGAUAAUGUGAUUUGUAUUGAAUAUAAUUUCUUGAUGUUUGACAUUCCGUCCCAAAAGUAUUACCAUUUCGUAUAAGUGUUAAGUACUUCAACUCGAUUUACACUUUUAUUAUAUUUGUACUUAAAUCAAUAAAUAUUUUGUUUAUUUAUAAAAUAUUAUUUAUGUAAAACAUUUAAAUCCAAUUUAUAAAUUCCCAAUAUUGUAAAGAUGACAUGACUUAUAAAUAAAGACUUAUGACGUAAGUAUAUAAUGAAAAAAAUACAUUAUUGACUUUUACUGAUAGAAACAAAUAUCCAGUCUUCCUGCUUAUAUUUAAAAAAAAACAUGAAAGUGUGAAUCGAACUUCUUAUAAGGUUUGCAGAAAUAUUUCUGGGCCAUCUAUUUAGCAUAGAAUAUAAUAUAGUUGUCAUAUAUUUAUUUAACAGUUAACAUUGUUACAUUUGAGAAUUAACGGUUAAACAUCAAUACGAAUAACAAAUAAUCACAGUUAUACAUAUUGUAUUUUAUUGAUGUAUCAUAAAAUAAAGACGAAUAAAAUGUU